GUGUGGCGGAGGCGGAGGCGGUGUGUGGCGGCGGUGGGAGUCAGUCGGGGAUAUGGCGAACAGGACCGUGAAGGACGCGCACAGUAUUCACGGCACUAACCCGCAGUACCUGAUCGAGAAGAUCAUCAGAACCCGCAUUUACGAGUCAAAAUACUGGAAAGAGGAGUGUUUUGGACUGACAGCUGAGCUGGUUGUGGACAAAGCCAUGGAGCUGAGGUUCAUUGGUGGGGUGUAUGGGGGCAACAUCAAGCCUUCGCCGUUUCUUUGUCUAACCCUGAAGAUGCUCCAGAUACAACCUGAAAAGGAUAUCAUUGUAGAGUUUAUAAAGAAUGAAGAUUUCAAGUACGUCCGGCUGCUCGGUGCCCUGUACAUGCGACUGACUGGUUCAGCCACUGAUUGUUAUAAAUAUCUCGAGCCACUGUACAACGACUAUCGGAAGGUGAAACGUCAGAGCAGAGAUGGAGAGUUUGAAUUGAUUCACGUGGAUGAAUUUAUGGAUGAAUUGCUGCAUGAAGAGAGAGUCUGUGAUAUCAUCCUACCUCGACUUCAGAAACGUUACGUGCUGGAAGAAGCUGAGCUGCUAGACACGCGGGUCAGUGCGUUGGAGGAAGAUAUGGACGAUGUGGACACGAGUGAGGAUGAAGAUGAGGAUGAUAAUGACAAGAAUGAUCGAGCACCAACGCCAGAGCCUCCGCGGAGGGGCUACCGGGACCUCGACAGACCUCGGAGAUCUCCCUCACCGCGGUACAGGAGGAGUCGCAGCAAAACACCCAGGCGACGAAGCAGGUCCCCCAAGAGAAGGAGGGAAAGGCAUCGCAGCAAGAGCCCUCGACGCCAUCGCAGCCGAUCCAGAGAUCGUCGUCACAGAUCAAGAUCCAAGUCUCCAGGUCACCAUAGAAGCCAUAGACACAGAAGUCAUUCCAAAUCUCCCGAUAGACCGAAAAAGAGUCACAAGAAAAGCCGCAGAGGGAACGAGUGAAUUUGAAGAUCUGCCAUCUGAGAUAAAACUGCAAUGUGCAACUGCAACGGUGUAUGUUGUCAGUUUGUUUUGUAUUUGAGAGUUUUCUCAUUCCAGAAUCCUAUUUGUUUAAAAAAAACUUUUGAAAUGAAAAUAUUAUGGCAGAAAUCUUCUCAAUCCUUUCUUCCUCACUCUUGACAGGACAGGCAGUGGGUGGGGAGGGAGCAAAGGGGAACAGAUUGUUCAUAGUUUUAUAUGAUUUUACAAGUAUUUCAAUUGUCAAGAAUAAAGUAUUCCCCUUGAUCUUAAAUAUGGGAUUGUCAAAUGUGGAUUAAUUCAUUGUUUUUGAUUUGCUUUUUGAAUAACAUCAUUGAUGAAGUGUUAAGAUGGAAAGAUGUGGAAAUCCCCUUUUGAUAAAGUGGCACCAAACCAUGCAGAACAAUAUCAAUUCUAGUCUAUGCAGUCAGCUGGGGCAAGAGUUAGUCUUGUUCCCAGGUUUACUUGAUGGGUGAGGGGGGGAAUCAGUUAGUUCCAAUCAGAGAUGCUGUGGUAAAUCCUGUGAAACACUUUUAACACAUUUCAUUGAUGUGUCAAAGUGUUAUAUCAAUUGCAAGGAUUAUUAAAAGAUCACAAUGCAACAUCUAAGAUGAUGACCUUAUAUAAUCCUUGCAUUUGAUUAUAGCGCCUUAUCACAUUGUUGAGACAUCUCGAAGCGCUUCAACCCAUCUUCCACCCAAGCUGCUCGGAAUCCGGGGAUGGUUACCAACAGGUCAUCGUUGGGCUGUUAGCUUUGAGGCCUUUGAAUUGUAUCCAGGAUUACUGUACUGCGGAGGACAGGGGGCUUACCCUUCCUCCAGCUGCCCUUGGACAGAACAUUUACACCAUCUUCACUACCAUGGCCUUACUUGGACCAGGGAAAUGUCACUGGUGGAAAAUGUUAUCAAUACUUAUACAUUUGUAAGAGAAAAUAUUCUAAAUGAUAUGCACAUGUUUCCCAAGCAUCUAUACACCACUUUGGUCCAAUGAUUUUCCUCCCUUCAGGGAGAUUGUGGUGACAAUAUUAAACAGAAGCAACAAUAAAUAUUACCAGC